ACGGAUGGGCGUGGCUUUGUUCCUCCCGGAAACCUCUGUCAUAGGGAUUCCUCCUCAAAGCAGAGGUUCCCGCGAUGCGAAGGGCAGAGGUCUUGAAAGUUUUCAAGAUUUUACAUAGGACAAGGCAAACUGUGUUCAAAGAUGACACCAGAAGCUUAGACGCUGCAAGACUUAAGAUAAAUGAAGAAUUCAAAAAUAAUAAAAAUGAGACUUCUCCUGAAAAAAUAGCCGAGCUUAUAAAAUUAGCUUCAGAUGUGGAAGUUAUACUUAGAACAUGUGUCCUACAAGGUGUUUAUGUGGAUGCCAACAAAAUAAAGCUUUUACCGAGAAAUGAUGUGCUGCGAGACAAUGCCCCAUACUGUGACACACCGAAGCAAAACACAUGAAUAUAAUAAAAAUUUUGAUUAAUUAACAAUGUUGUGUAAUUUCUGUUAAAAUAAAAUCGCUUUCCUAUAAUACUAACCUAAAUAAAA